AUGGAGACCCGAGUCUCUCAUCAACCUGUCGGGGCGCAAAGCUAUACGUCGCAAUAUGCGCCUCGAUUGCGCGUCUACAAUAAUGCCCUCCUCACACCCGUCAUCUCGACCAUCCCCACCGGACCGCAAUCGCGAACAACGAAACGUGGUACCACGGUCAUUAAUUACGCCGAGGACGGCUAUGACUAUGAAGAUGAUGACGACGAUGAUGGCAGAAGACGUCCCACCGGCUUGCGCAGUCUGAGACGCGACGACAGCGGCUCGAGAGCAGACGCGAGUGAUAAGGUUGGCAAGGAGACGGACGAACCAGUAGACCUUCCAGGCAUCUGGCGAGCAGAUUGGAUGCUGAAGCAGAAUAAACCACGGUCGGAUCUUAACGCCCAAGCCCAGGCUGUGAUACCUGUGACGCUGAUUCCCAUACGAAUCGACGUCGACAUUCCUUCGUUCAACCCUUCUCCCGCUUUUCCCCUCCCGAGAGGCUUCCAACAGCCCGGCACGAACAUGGACCCAAGACUCUACCACAGCGGGGAGACGACAACACCGUACAAAUUGAGAGACAUUUUUCUGUGGAAUCUUCAUGAGACGAUCAUGACCACUGAUCAGUUUGCCUUAAUACUGGUGCAAGACUUGGAUCUUCCCAACCAAGCAUCAAUUGCCAGUGAGAUCAGCAGGCAAAUUCGCACCCAGCUGGAGGAGUACGCUGGUGUCGCUCUACAUCCUCUUUUCCACUCUGAGGAUACCAACGCCGCCCCUAACGGGAACGCUUCAGCAGCUGCACCCGCAGCUUUGCCCUCGUCGUACCGCAAUAGUCCUGCGACUCCCGCCACACCGAUGCCCUCGUCAAUGCCCGGUGGUUCUGGCACGCCGUUGCGCACUGGCUUAGAUACACCAGACAAGGUUCCUACGUCACAAGCCGCCGAAGUUACCGCCAGUGCGACGCCUCUCCCCAUUGAGUCGCAUGAUUCCAGCCCUGACGACACAUACCGAUGCAUAGUCACCAUCAACAUCAAUCUCGCGUCGUAUCUCUACACCGACAAGUUCGAGUGGUCAUUGUUACACCCACCAGGAACGGCAGAAUCAUUCGCAAAGAUCACUUGCUCUGAUCUGGGACUUGCUGGAGAAUGGGUCCCCGCCCUUACGCAUGCUAUAUACGAGGCCGUACUGCGCCUGAAGAAGGAAGCAUGCGAGUCUGGUGGCCUGGUGGCUGGCUGGGGCGCCAUGGGCGCCGAGCUUCCCAACGACGCUGCUCAUGGCGCAGAUGCCGGAUGGCGAUAUGACCCCGAACACCUGGCGGAUGAGUGGGAGCCCAAGACGGAGCUGCUGUCCAAGGAGGAAAUGGAGAAGCGAGAGGGCGACCGUGAGCGACAAAUCCGUCGGCUUCGUCGCGAAACGGCACGAUUCAGCAGCAAUGCCGGCAUGUUCGGUGGCAUACCGCUCGGUGGUGUCGGUGUUGGCGUCGAGGUGGAGGAAGAGCGAAUGGGCCGUGGCGAAAGGUCGAAGAAGAAGCGCAGAUUUAGGAGUCUGAGUCCGCUUGGCCGAUCUGGCACGCCAGGAGGAAGAGGAACACCCGACGCCGGAUAUGGUGGAGGUGGCAUUGGCUCUCUUACUGACCAGGAGAGACUCAGUUGGCGCUGCCGACAUUGCUGGAUUUGGGGCACCAGUGUGUGGGCAGUCCGCAAUGGCCCGUAUGGGCCGAGGUCUCUUUGCGCCAACUGCGGCCGCUCGUACGAGCAAAACAAGAAACUGCCCAGAUGGAGCCACAAUCUGCAUCUGAACGAUCCCCGUCCAGUCUAG